AUGGGCGAUAAUUAUGAAGAUUUGGGACCAGUACGUGAUAUACCGCCACCACCACCACCACUAAUAGGACCACCAGUUCCGUCUCCUGGCGUGCCAGCUCCACCUCCAGGAGCACCGAUUGUGCCACCCAAUGUACUGUUGCCGCCUCCAGGAAUCGAACGUACAGUGUUAAAGUCGGCGCAAAUGGGAGGUAGAUUUCAAAUUUUUACAAACUUUCCAAAGAUGCAAUUUUCAGCUUUUUACUCCGCACACAUCUUUUCGAAUUCAAGAAAAAAAGAAAGAAAGAAUAAAAAAGGAAUUGCUCGCGAGCAGCGCUAG